AGCAUUUCACUGCGCAUGUGACUAAUACAAUUUGAUUUGAUUUUAUGUUCCGGGACCAUUUCACCCUGUCACCCAACAAACUGGUCCUGUGUGAGGUCCUUAAGUACAACCGCUUGCCUGCAGAGUGUAACAUACUUUCAGGCUGUAAGAAGGUGAAGGACUAUACCCCCUAGUUUUGAAUGGAGCAGGAGUACACUCUCCUAGGGAUGGAUGGUCACCCUUAUGGCUGGCCCCAAAAUGGAUUCCCAGGUCCCCAAGGUCCAUACUACUGUGGGGUUGGUGCAGACAAUAUCUAUGGCAGGGACAUUGUGGAGUGUCACUAAAAGGCAUGUCUCUAUUCUGGGCUCAGGAUCUGUGGCACCAAUGUUGAGGUCAUGCCGGCUCAGACAUAUUGAGCAGGCCAUUGAGAAGCUGAGCAAGCAACACGCCGAGCACAUCCGUGUGUACGACCCUCGCGGAGGCCAGGACAAUAUCAGAUGCCUCACAGGAUUCCAUGAAACCUCCAUCACCCGCGACUUCUAUGCCAGGGUGGCCAACCGCGGGGCCAGCAUCUGGAUCCAACGCUAGGUGGGCCAGGAGGAGAAGGGCUACAUUGAAGACUGUCGGCCCUCCGCCAGCUGUGACCCUUAUGCCAUGAUGGGUACCAUCACAAGCACCUGCCUGCUCGGGGUGGAGGAGGAAGAGGAGAGUACAUGAGAGAGUGACCAGACUCAUACAUUAUGGUACUGUAGCUGCUGGUUCGGGGAAACCAGCCCGUUACAUGAUUGUAGGAUAGAACUAUAUUGUAGCCAAAGCAAUCUGUAGUGAUGUUUUUUGUUUUGCUGACUUUGAAGAGUCAUUACUUGAAGGUAGGUUGAAUGUUUAUGGUCAAUUAUAGUUGUACAUCUUUCUUACAGCUGGUCCAAUUGGCAUAUUAUUCAGUUUGUCUGAAAUUGAGAUUAAAUAAAGAGGUGCAGGUGUGAAUAUGAGCCGCAUGCUCUUUAAAAUGACCACUAGGUGGAAUCAUGAUGCAAGUUUUGAUUGU